GAUAAAGCAUCUUCCUCAGGGAAGUCAAAGGCAAAGAACGUUUUAUUUCAGAACUUAUACUUAGAUUUUUCAAGAAAAUUUGGUUAUAAUGGAUCCACCAAGUAAAAAAAGAAAACGAUCAGUGACGUGUGCGGUUUUGAAUUGUGCCAACAGCGAGUACAACCUUGAAGUUUGGAGAGAUAACAUCUGUGAUGUUCACAAUGUUAUCAGACGUUCUGAUGCAUGCUCAUGUAAAGAACCUUACAGCUUGUUCACCUUUCCUUCUAAAACCAAGAGAGCUGAUGCUCAUAAUAAAUGGAGGCAACUUAUUAAUCGUGCCAGCCCAAAAAAUCCAGCAAAAUUGAUGACAGCUAGACCCAAACAACGGGUUUGUUCCAAACAUUUUGUUGGAGGGGAACUAUCAUACGAGCAUCCUUAUCCAACUCUAUGUCUUGGUUAUGAAUCAGCUUCAAGGACUGAGAAGUUUGUACCCUCUGCAACACGUCGACGAAAGUUGUCAUACUCAACAUCGUCAUCAAAAAAACAAACAUCUAAAACGGAGAAAGUGGAUCCCAAUAUUGAAAGUCCUUGUAUUAGUAGCGUAGCAUCAAACAGUGACAUUAAUAUUGAUAUUCAAAGUCCUGGUACUAGCAUUGAAUCUUGUAUUUCUUCACCAUUACCAGAGUUAUUGUCACCUAAUAGUACAGUAUCAUCUAUGUUUUCACCCCCACAAGAGAUGAUUUCACCUAACCUUGUUUCACAUCAAGAUAAUGCAGAUUUUAUAGUUUCGGAUUCAACUAAGGAAAGAGAAUUACUUUUAAAUUCACUCUCUGAAAAUAUCUUGAAACUAAAGGCCAAAAACAAACUUUUAAAGAAAAAAAUCAAGUCACUUACCACAACAAAAAAUUUAUUUAAAAAUCAAUUCAAUAAACAAUCUGCCACCCUUAAUAUGUUACAUAAAUCUGUUAACAAUUGUUCAUGCAAGUUACCUUUAUAUAAAAGUCUAUUAAAAUCAGAUAAAAAAUGUGACUUUUACACUGGUAUUAUAACUCUCAAAUUAUUUGAGCACCUACAUGACAUAAUAACACCUUUGGUUCGCAGAAGAUGGAGAGGUGUUAAAAAAACUUCAACUGGCAUAUUUCGUAAUUUUAAAAAAAUACCCAAGAGAUUUGGCCCUGCUCGAAAGUUAUGCAGCAAAGAUGAAUUUCUUUUAUUUUUAAUGAAACUGAGACUUGGUUUACUAAAUGAAGAUUUGGCAGACCGUUUUAGUAUUUCAGAAGGUUUAGUCAGUGGUAUUAUAGCAUCUUGGCUUAAAGCUUCUUCGUCUGUUUUAUCCAAUAUGGUUGAGGUUCCGGAAAAAGGCAAUAUCACAGCAACUUUACCAGAAAGAUUCAAAUCAAUGCCUGACAUUCAUUCUAUUUUAGAUGCUACUGAAGUUUUUAUUGAAACACCUAAGAACUUGGACUUACAACGGAGUACUUGGAGUCAAUAUAAACAUCAUAAUACUUUAAAAAUCUUAGUUUGUAUUGCACCAAACUCAUCUAUCAUUUUUUUAUCAAAGGCUUAUGGGGGAGCAAUAUCAGAUAAAGAGGUUACAAACAAAUGUGGUUAUCUUGAUCUUGUUCCUAGCUAUUCUCAAAUUAUGUAUGACAAGGGGUUUAAUUUAACAAAGGAAUGUGAAAGUCGUUUUAUCUCAAUUGCAGUACCUCCUGGUAAAAGAGGAAGUGCCCAAAUGACUCCUGCGGAAAUACGAAAAACAAAACGGAUUGCAAAUUUAAGAAUCCUCGUUGAACAGGUUAUUAGAAGACUCAAGUCAUUUCGUAUCUUAGGUUCAGAGUACCCAAUCAGUAUGAUUAAACUGUUCGAUGAUGUUGUUAUUGUGUGCGGAGCGUUAUGUAACCUUAGAAAAUCUAUUAUCUGAUUUAUAUAUGAAUAUAUUAUAUAUAUAUUUUUAUAAGGUAAUAUUUUUUAUAUAUUUACACUUCUAUUAAAAAAUUAUAUUAUUACUUGUGUACAUUUAAUACAUAGGAAAGAAUCAGAGUCCAAUGGAAUGUCUUCUUCAGUCCUUAUCUUAACACAACUAAAGUGAAACCAAAAAAAAAUUGCCUGCUUCUAUCCUUAAUACAUUUGCGGUUGACUUCACCCAUGCUCAAGGCACUCGGGCAGAGAAAAUUGGUUUGAUCAAUCUCCCUACCUUUAAUACUAUUUCUUUUGGUAAAAACUCAAUUAGAUUUAAUGCCAUUAAUUCCUGGAAUAAAUUGCAGUCUUUAAUGACUAGAAAAAUUGUUUCCCUUGAUUAUUUUAAUCUUAGAAGUGAUCUGAAAAAGUACUUUGUUUCCUCUUACUAAUCCUUCCUGAAUUGUCAGACUUGGCCAUUUGUUUCCCGCAUGGUUGUUUAUCAUUUGACCCACUUUUAUGUGUGUGUUGUUUUGUGCGUCUCGUAUCGUUUACUGUAAUUGUCCAAGGGUGGCCAUACCCUUUGCCUUAGCUUUAUGCUAUUAGGUAUGGUCUCCCUUCAAUAGCAUUAUAUAUUUUAAUUUUGUUACCCUGACUAAUUAUGAUAUUUAUUUUCUUUUUCUUUAUAUUUAUUUUCUUUUAAUUUUAAUUGUAUAUAUAUAACUGCUAUUGAUAAAUAAAAUAUCUAUCUAUCUAUCUAACCAUUACAUAAGUCACACAUUACACUGUUUUCAUCAAAUGAAUUUGGAAUAUCUGCAAUGCUCUUUGUACAAAUGCUACAAACAUAUAAGUCUUUUUUAGCUUGGCGUUUUUGUUUAAUUUUCUUUGUUUUUCCUUUAUCAUUUGUCUUUUUGAGUAUAUCCACUGGGCUUUGAUUGUUUAUGUCAUGUGUGUUUUCUUUGUUGUUUUCAGUGUGUGUUGGAUAUAUUUUCUGUAUUUUUUUAUUAUUUGGUGAGCCACUGUCAGUGUCAUAACAGUUUUCGUAUAUUAGUGCUGGUGCAAAAUGCUUGUACCAAAAUAAAUUUAAGCUUUGUAUAA